AUGGCGGCACUGGCCGUGGCGGCUGCUGCCCUAUCUCUGCUCAGCGCCGCCGCUUCGUCGAAGGCCGCGUUCAACCUCUACCUCAAGCAGCACGAAUCCCGGCGGCUGUUCGGUCUGGACGUGGAGCUGUACUACGUGAAGGAAGGCCGCCGGAACGAGUACGCGCUGGGCUUCGUGGUGCCCGUGCCGGCCAACGUGUCCGAGCUCGAAUUCGUGUGGCAGGCGCUCGGGCCGCUGCCGCUCGCCUACGCACUGGACGUGCAGGUGAACGAAGGCCGGGGCCACCGCGCCUUGGGCGCGCCGUCCCUGGACGUGUCCCCACGGGGCACGCUUCCGGCGGCGCCACGCAGCUUCCGGGUGCGGCUUCCCUGCACGGGCCUCGCCAGCGCCGAGGUGCCCGUGCGCAUCGUGCUCAACGUGUCCGCGGUUGCGCCGCCGGACGCGCAGCUCUUCCACCACGACGGCCGGCUGCUGCAAGCCGCCGGCUACGACCUGCCGCCGGCCUACUACGGGACCCGGCCGGCCAACACCUCGGUGUCGCUGCCGCGGAACAAGAUUUGCGCCAAAGGUGCGUUGUCUUUGCUCUCGUACGUGCCGACAACCGGUGCUUCGACCGACUCUUGCCGCACCAACCCUUUUCUCUGCCUGCCGCGAUCGCCGGCAUGA